CUCUCAAGACUUUGAAAAUACAAUACACAUGGCACAGAUCAUAACAGUUUUUCAGGCACUUUUAAUUCUGCUACUUCGUGAUUACAUCUCAGCUGAAGAUGGUGAAACAAGAGCAAGUUGCAGAACUGCUCCAGCGGAUUUAGUGUUUAUCCUAGAUGGCUCUUACAGUGUUGGUCCAGAAAACUUUGAAAUAAUCAAAAGAUGGCUUGUCAAUAUUACACGAAAUUUUGACAUCGGGCCAAAGUUUAUUCAAGUUGGAGUUGUCCAGUAUAGUGAUUACCCUGUACUUGAAAUUCCUCUAGGAACUCAUGAAUCCACUGAAAAUCUAAUCAGGGAAAUGGAAUCCAUACAUUACUUAGGAGGAAAUACGAAAACAGGAAGAGCUAUUCAGUUUGCCUAUGACCAUCUUUUUGCAAAAUCCUCAAGAUUUUUAACAAAAAUAGCAGUUGUUCUCACUGAUGGAAAGUCUCAAGAUGAAGUCAAAGAUGUAGCAGCAGAUGCAAGGAAAAAUAAAAUCACUUUAUUUGCUAUUGGUGUUGGCUCAGAAAUUGAGGAGGAUGAACUUAAAGCUAUCGCCAACAAGCCUUCAUCAACUUACGUAUUCUAUGUUGAGGAUUACAUUGCAAUAUCAAGAAUUAAAGAAGUUAUAAAGCAGAAACUCUGUGAAGAGUCUGUAUGUCCAACAAGAAUUCCAGUGGCAGCUCGAGAUGAAAAAGGAUUUGACAUUCUGCUAGGAUUAGGUGUAAAGAAAAAGGUUAAAAAGAGAAUUCAAAUACCAACUACUAAUGCAAAAGCUUAUGAAGUAACCUCACGUGUUGACCUGUCAGAAUUGACAAGGAAUGUAUUUCCAGAAGGUCUGCCUCCAUCUUAUGUAUUUGUUUCCACUCAAAGAUUUAAAGUAAAAAAGACGUGGGACUUGUGGAGAAUUCUAAGUCUGGAUAAGAGACCGCAGAUAGCAGUCACUGUUAAUGGAGAAGAGAAAACGCUGUCAUUCACGACAACAAGUUUAAUAAAUGGAACACAGGUUAUUACUUUUGCUGCGCCUCGUGUGAAGAGUUUGUUUGAUGAAGGCUGGCAUCAAAUUCGUCUCUUAGUAACGGAAGAGUUUGUAACUUUAUAUAUAGACGACCAAGAAAUCGAAACGAAGCCAUUGCAUCCUGUUUUAGGUAUUUAUAUCAGUGGCCUAACCCAAAUAGGAAAGUAUUCUGGGAAGGAGGAAACUGUACAGUUUGAUUUACAAAAACUGCGGAUCUACUGUGACCCAGAGCAAAAUAACCGAGAAACAGUCUGUGAGAUCCCCGGAUUUAAUGGAGAGUGCAUGAAUGGUCCUAGUGAUGUAGGCUCAACGCCUGCCCCCUGCAUAUGCCCGCCAGGAAAACAAGGACCUCCAGGCCCCAAAGGUGACCCUGGCCAGCCGGGGAAUCAUGGUUAUCCUGGACAGCCUGGUCCAGAUGGUAAGCCUGUGUGCCAAAAGAAGGCAGGCCAGCGGCUGAGAGACUCCCCCAUUGAUGCUUCUGUUACAGGAAUGUGGCACCUGAUGUGGCUUACUACUCACUCGUUAGACGGUGUCGGACCACGUGGAUUACCAGGUAUCAAGGGAGAGCCAGGGAAAGAUGGGGCUAAGGGUGACCGUGGACUUCCUGGUUUUCCUGGAUUACAUGGCAUGCCAGCACCAAAGGGAGAAAGGGGUCUGAAAGGAGAUCAAGGAGUGCCAGGAGUAUAUGGAAAAAAGGGUUCAAAGGGAGAGAAAGGUGAUACAGGGUUUCCAGGCAUGCCUGGGCGAUCCGGAGACCCUGGCAGAAAUGGGAAAGACGGAUUACCAGGGAGUCCUGGCUUCAAGGGAGAAGUUGGACAGCCUGGAUCUCCAGGCCUAGAAGGACAUCGGGGAGAGCCUGGAAUUCCUGGAAUCCCUGGAAAUCAAGGAGCAAAAGGACAAAAGGGUGAAAUUGGACCACCAGGACAACCAGGAACAAAAGGAUCUCCAGGGGAAACUGGUUUGAUGGGACCAGAAGGUUCAUUUGGUCUACCUGGAGCUCCUGGGCCUAAGGGUGAUAAAGGUGAACCUGGAAUACAGGGGAAACCAGGACCCUCAGGAGCCAAGGGAGAACUAGGAGGAUCUGGUGCUCCAGGAGAACCAGGCUACCCAGGCAUCCCUGGCACACAAGGUAUAAAGGGGGACAAAGGAAGCCAAGGUGAAAGUGGUAUCCAGGGACAAAAAGGAGAGAAAGGAAGAGAAGGACUCUCAGGCUUGCAGGGAGCAAAAGGAUUGCGUGGAGAACAAGGGGAGAAAGGUGAGAAAGGAGAUCCAGGCAUUCGAGGCAACAAUGGACAGAAAGGAGAAUCUGGUAUCCAGGGCUUGGUUGGACCUCCUGGUCUCAGAGGUCAGCCAGGAGACAGAGGACCCCCGGGACCACCAGGUUCAGAUGGAAAACCUGCACGAGAAUUUUCGGAAGAAUUUAUUCGGCAGGUGUGUUCAGAUGUACUAAGAACCCAGUUGCCUGCUAUCCUGCAGAGCAGAAGGCUGCAGAACUGCAAUCACUGCCAGUCCCAAAGCGCUUCCCCAGGACUUCCGGGGCCGCCAGGUCCAAGAGGCCCAGAAGGCCCGCGAGGGUUUCCCGGUUUGCCAGGAAAUGACGGUGUUCCGGGUCUGACAGGGGUUCCGGGUCGCCCUGGUGCUCGUGGGACGAGAGGCCUGCCAGGAAAGAACGGAGCAAAAGGCAAUCAAGGAAUUGGUGUUCCUGGGAUUCAAGGUCCCCCUGGUCCUCCAGGUCCUGAAGGCCCUCCGGGUAUGAGCAAGGAAGGACGCCCUGGAGAACGUGGGCAGCCGGGUAAAGACGGAGAUCGUGGCAGUCCUGGGAUGCCGGGGCCAGUCGGACCCCCUGGAAUCUGUGAUCCAUCGCUGUGUUUUAGUGUCAUUGUGGGAAGAGAUCCAUUUAGAAAGGGACCAAAUUAUUAAUUUGUGAUAUGAUACAUUAGAGAAAUAGGUAUGGUGCUUGUCUUUUAUGGUCUUUAAAGUCUCAGGAAGGUGACCAGCAAUAAUCCCAUAAACAGGAACAGAAGUACCUCUGAUAUUAUAAAUUAAUAAGAAUUCCAAAGGUUACAUGUUCCUUUCUAAAAGACACUCCAGUAAUUUUUUGUAACUUGCGUUGAUUGAAUAUCAAGUGUUUUUAAAGACAGAUUAGUUUUAAUAGGAGUAAAAUUUGCUAUAAUAUUUGCUGUUUACUAUUUAAGUGUCCUGUCAUACUCCUGCUACCGCUGAAGUCACGUACAAAACUUCUGUUGACUCCAGUGGGAGCAGGAUUAGGCAUUAAUAGUUAUUGGUCAGGUGUAAAUUACUGUGAAAUUUUCCACAUGAAGCCUACCUACACAGGAUUUGAUUUUGAAAGAAUGUGGCUGGCUUUUAUUUCAUAUGUGUGUGAAUCUCGUUGGCUUGUGUACUUUUCACAUGUCUUAGCUCAAAGUGUUCCAUUAGCAAAAGCAUAUAUCAGAUUUUUAUAAAAAGUGAGAAAAAAAAGAAGUAUUGUGACUUUUUAUGGAAGUAAUAUCAUCUACCUUGUCAUGCAAUUCCUCGUUUAAAAUGAAGAUGAAAUGCAAGGGUAGAACUCCUACUGAUUCAAGCAGGGCCAAGAUUUUACUGAAGAUGAUACGUUCAACCACAAAAAGGUCCCGUGUGGGUGAUCUGGCUUAUGUGAAAAUUGCUUUUUUAAAAAUUGGUAUAAAUGGCUUGGAGCUCUUAUUUGACAAAAAUAAAAAAAAAUAAUGUUUGCACAAGCAAAAUGAAACAGUUCUGCAUAAUUAUGGAUUAAGUUAUAUGCGCUUUGCUGUUUCUCCCCAAGGACUGCAGCUGUCGCAUAGAAGAAGCAGGUUUACAAGAAGAAAGGUCUAACUGCUGGCUAACUAGCUGUAAUGUUUGUUAUGCUGUUUCCUGGUUCAUUUUAAGCAAGCUCUGUGUAAUUUUCAUUGUAUGCUUUGCUGAUAAGGUGUAUUGCUUGCUUUUACAUAAAGAGCAAAGGCACAGUUCCCAUUAGAAUCCAAAAUCCUUUUCUUAAAUUAAUGCAGAAUCUUGUAUUGAACUUAACCAAAGCUUUAUAAGUGGCUUUUUCUGAUGUGGUGUUUUUCUGUUGUCAUACUAUGAGAAAUUGGUAAUAUGCUUGACAUUCAAGGCAAAAUAAAAUUUUGUACAGAA